AUGACUGAUAAUUCUACAUUAAGUGGAUCAUCUUACUUAAGUUCUUCACCUCCAACUUCAACAACUUCAUCUGGUUCUUCCAAAUUAAAGAAAAAGCUAUUUAAAGGGUUAUUUAGUGGUCAUGGCCAUGGUAAUAAUAGUUCUAAUAAUAGUUCAAAUAGUGAUCAUCCAGGAAGAAAUCGUUCUGCAACAACAAGUACAGAAUUUUAUCAAGAUGAUGAGGAAUUUUCAAGUGAAGAUGAAAAAUCAAUUGAUUUAAAUUCUUAUUCUGCUACAAUAACUCCAUUAUGUUUUAAACAUAAUUCAAAAUCAAACAAGAGAGAAAUUGCUAAAAAUUUAACAGAAAAAUUACAAAUUAUUGAUGAUGAAGAUUUUGAAAAAUAUCUAAUUCAACCAAAAUAUAUUAAAAAUUUUAGAAAAUGUGUUAAACCUGCAAUUAUUUGUAAAAGAUUAUUUCUUGCUCAAGAAUUAAAUCAAAAUGAUAACAAUAAUCCAAGUGAUCCAAGUACUCCAGAUUUAGUUGUUGAUGAAUUUAUAAAAUCUGAUGGAUUCCAAAAUGAUACUGAUCAAAAUGAUUCACCUAAAAAGGCAAUUUAUGCAAUGAAGUUUAGUCCAGAUGGGAAAUUUUUAGCAAGUGCUGGGAAAGGUAAUAUUAUCAAGAUUUGGAAAGUUAUUGCAUCACCAUUAGAUAGAAUGGAACAAAGUAGUACACCAUCUACCAAUGGAUUUCAAGGUUUAAAUUUAAAUGAUUUAGAAAAUGAUCAUGAUACCAAAAAGACAAUGUAUGCAUCAGUUUUCCAAGAUGUUCCAUAUAGAAUUUUCUCAGGUCAUCAACAUGAUAUAUUAUCAUUAGAUUGGAGUAAAAAUAAUUUUCUUUUAUCAAGUUCAAUGGACAAGACUGUGAAAUUAUGGAAUGUAAAUCAAUCAAAUUGUUUAAGAACUUAUACACAUGGAGAUUUUGUUCCAUCAAUUAAAUUCCAUCCAACAGAUGAUCGAUUUUUUCUUAGUGGAUGUUUAGAUCAUAAAGUUAGAUUAUGGUCUAUAUUGGAUAAUGAAGUUAGUUAUGAAUUUGAUUGUAAAAAUUUAGUUACAGCAGUUAGUUUUACACCUAAUGGGAAUUUAACAAUUGCAGGUACUUUUAAUGGGAAUUUAUAUUUUCUAGAUACAAAAAAUUUAGAGCUUCGACAUUCUUUAGUUAUUAAUCAGAAAAAAAACAAUAAUAAUGGCUCAAAAGUUACAGGGAUUGAAACUUUUUUCGAUAAAGAUGAUGUUAAAGUGCUUAUAACAACAAAUGAUUCCAGAAUAAGAUUAUUAUCAUUAAGACAACGUCAAUUAAUUGAAUAUUUUAAAGGUUUAGAAAAUAAUAGUUCACAAAUCAUUGCUACUGUGUCAGAAGAUAAGAAAUAUAUUAUAUCAGGUUCAGAAAAUCAUUGGGUUUAUAUAUGGAAAAAUCAUAAAGAUGAAAAUGAUGAUUUAUCAAAAUUGAAAACUUCAAAUAAUUUUAAAAAAUUAAUUAAUCAUGAUAAAAAAAAACGUAAAGAUUAUACUUCAUUCCAUGCACAUCAUUCAGUUGUUACAUGUGCAUUAAUUGCUCCAUCAGGUACAGCAAAAGCUUUAUCACUUUCAAAUGAUUAUAUUUAUGAAUUAAAUACAGAAUUUUAUAAAGCUGCAGAUAAUUUAAAUGAUGCUGAAGAUAUUUAUGAUCAUGAUCAUAGUUUUUAUGAAGAUUCAUUAAUUAAAGAAGAUAUGAUUGGUAGUGUAAUAGUUACAUCAGAUGAUACUGGAUUAAUUCGUGUUUUUAGACAAGAUUUUUCUUCAACAGUACGUAAAUUAUUAAUUGAAGAGAAGAAUAAAAAGGCAAAACCUGAAUUGAUUCCAUCAGGUUUAAAUUCAUCAGAUCAUAGAACAGUUUUCUUGCAUAAGGGAUUAAAUCGUUCAAAUAGUUCAAAUCUUUCCAAGGCAACAAAGAAUUAUAACAAGACAUUGAAUACUCAUACACAAGGUUCCAAAUCAGGUUAUACAUCAGGUUCAGUAUCUGGGAAUAGAUCAAGAAGUGGGACUUUAGAUUCUAAUAAAGGUAUUAACGUUGCAGCAUUAAACCAACAAUUAUUAAAUCAUAAGAAUAAUCAUUUAAUUUGUGAUGUUUGUAAUAGUGAAAAGUUUAAAGUUACUAAAACUGGGAAUUCUUCAGAAAUUGGUAUUUUCUGUACAGAUUGUGGUAAUCAAUUGAAUACAUAG